AGCAAGGUUUCUAGUUGGGUAGCUUCAGCAGCCGCAGGAGUGCAGUUGCAGAACCUCCUUCUCCGACGCUGCGUAUUGUCAUUUACCGUAGCGGUUAUCUUCUUCUGUGUCAGUUUUAGCCAACUCACUGUGACUUACAACCCGCUUUCUCUUCAAGGAUCAGUCUGAUUGGUAUCACAAUUAUGUUUUUGUCAAGAACAUUUGGACGAACACUCUUUGCUGCUGCUGCCAGAUCAAAAACUUAUGCCACUGCAGCUGCUGGUGGUGUCAAGGAAGGUCAAAACCCCCUUCAGGAGUUCUUUGAGGCAGACAGGAGCCCUGAUGAUGACAAACCUGUUGUCUAUGGUAGGAGUUGGAAAGCCACGGAAUUGCGUCUAAAAUCUUGGGAUGACCUUCAUAAGUUGUGGUAUGUAUUGUUAAAGGAGAAAAACAUGUUGAUGACUCAACGUCAGAUGCUUAAUGCACAGAACCUGCGUUUUCCUAACCCAGAGCGUAUCCCCAAGGUGAGAAAGUCGAUGUGCCGCAUCAAGCAUGUACUUACUGAGAGAGCAAUUGAAGAACCAGAUCCCAGGAGGUCUGCAGAGAUGAAGAGAAUGAUAAAUGCUCUUUGAUGACUUAAAAUGGAUCUAUUCCUGAGGGCGUUAUUGGCGCUCUAGUUACUUGAUAAAGAGGACCAAAUUAAAAGAUGUACCAAGCAAACAGACGUUAUGUUGUUAGAAGUUAUGCGACAUAAAAAGGAAGAAAUGUUUGGUGUACCGUGUCUUUUAUUCUUAAGUAUCAUUGAUUUAAUACAUGGGUGUAGAAGUUGGAAAUUAUCAAAGAAAGGACGCGACCAAUAAUAUCCUAUGAAAGUUGGAAAAGCCGUUGAA